AGUUCUAACGAAUCAAUGGAUUUGUAUUUUAACGGGACUACGUCGGAUAAUUCCUUUUCUUUUCAGUUUACUUGGCAAAACUGCUUCUUCAUUUCCCUUGCGUCUCUGAUGUCACUCACCACAGUUCUUGCAAAUGUCACCCUUAUCAUUCUUGUGUGCGUUGAUAUGAGAUUACGUCGGAAUAGCAACUACUACAUCAUCAGUCUUGCGUGUGCUGAUCUUUUAGUCGGGAUCUUUGUAAUUCCAAUGUUUAGUGUUUAUACCAUUCUUGGAAGAUGGCCAUUAGGCCCAUUUGUUUGUGAGCUCUGGAUCGUCGUUGACUUCACUUGUGUUUCCGCAUCAGUCUUUACCAUCUGCAUGAUCUCGCUAAACCGGUACUGGGCCAUCACACAGCCUGUGAAGUACUUUCAAAGACAACGGAAACAGAGGGCGCUGCUGUUUGUCGGCUUCAUCUGGACAAUGGCUGUUCUGUCCUGGGUUCCUGCGGUGUUGGUACAUAGAUUCGUCGUAGGUAGCUUCGCAAUAGGCUCUGCCUGCCUCUAUUUACCAGGUUUUAUUUACGUGUUGCUUUCGAAUACCAUCAUCUACUUCAUUCCCAUGGGAUCAAUGGUAUACCUUUACUUCAAGAUGCUCUACGCUUUAAAGCAAAAUCUGCUUAAGUUCCAAAGCUCUCAGGAUCCACAAAUUAGACCUUCCCAACCGUGCUACAAAAAUAUGCCAUGUUGUUGCUUUCAGGAGACAGUCGUUCCUGAGUCCAUCCCUGUAGGCGAAACAAAUUUAACAAUCUCAACAAUUUCAUUGAAAGUAACAUCUAAAUCAAUUGAAGAUGCCAUCAAAAUGAACGACCUUCACAUUACGGAAGAUGGAGAAACGUGUCGUCAAGUAACCAAUGGAAACACUAAAGAGAUAUCACAAUUUCAGAGCCCCCAGGAAGCACAAUUAGCAGAUUCUCAUAGUAAGAUUAUCUCUCAUUCAAGUGAAUGCUUCAGAGCCAAGCGCGUCCACCUCCGGAAUCUAGAGAAGCUUCGUCUUCAUCAGCGGAGAGCUCGCACUCUUGGUAUCAUUGUUGUAGCAUUUAUCGGUUGCUGGAUAUCAUUCGUGACACUCUUCCCCAUCAAUUCAUACUGUAACUGUAUCCCCCUUAGACUUUAUGACAUGUCUUAUUGGCUGGCCUAUCUAAACUCAACUCUAAACCCUUUCUUAUACGGCUUCAACAAGGAUUUCAGAAAAGCUUUCAAAAGACUGAUGUUUUCUUCGAAGUAA